AUGGCGGACGACGUGGUGGCUCAGUUCACCGAAAUCACCGGCUCGUCGCCAGAGCUGGCAACCCAGUACCUGCAGCUGGCGGACUUGAACAUUGAACAGGCAAUGCAGCUCUACUUUGAAAAUGGAGGCGCCCCUUUGACGGAUGAACCGACGACACGGCCACCUGCUCCUCAACCAGUACCUCGCCGCUCCGGAUUCGAAGACGAGUCGGGGGUGGUGCAUGUCGAUUCGGACUCGGAAGAUGAGCUUGCCGCCGCGACUCGAACCCAACCAUCCGCUAUACCGGAUGCCGGAACAACAUUUGACGAUGAUGCCGCCAUGGCUCGCCGCCUACAAGAGGAAAUGUAUGGUACUGCACCGGAUGGUGAGGCUGAGGAUGGUGUGCGCGCACCGAUGGCACGGACGACGGAAACACUUGUAGGACCGGGAUUGGAUUUUGACGAGGAUGAUAUGCAUGCCAAUAUUCUCAGUCAACUACGUACUCGCCAGCGAGGAGGGCGACCGGGCAUUUUCAAUCAGCGCGAGGACCCAUCGAUUUGGACGGGCGACUCCGAAGAGACACAUCGUGAACAUUUAGCUGCAGCCACAGGAGGGGCCUCCGAGGCUUCGUCGAAAUCCAACAUGCUUGCGGAGAUGUAUCGUCCCCCGUUCGAGAUCAUGUCAAGACUGCCGUGGGAUGUGGCUCGCCAGGAGGGGCGCGAUAACGAAAAGUGGCUGCUGGUCAACAUUCAAGACUCGUCCGUCUUUGACUGCCAAGUUUUGAACCGGGACCUGUGGAAAGACAAGAGCGUUCAGGAAUCCGUGAAGGAGCAUUUUAUCUUCCUACAAUUCUCCAAGGAUGACCCUCGUGCUUCGCCGUACUUGCAAUACUACUUCCAAGCGAGCAACGUCUCCGACAACUACCCUCACAUUGCCAUCGUUGACCCUCGUACCGGUGAACAAAUGAAGGUCUGGUCUGGGCCCCCAGUGGUCAAGCCUGCCGAAUUUCUGAUGCAGCUUCACGAAUUCCUCGACCGAUACAGCCUGAAUCACAAUGUGCGCAACCCUGUCGCGAAGCGGAAGAUAGAGAAGAAGGAAAAGAGCAUUGAUGCGAUGACUGAAGAGGAGAUGCUGGAGAUGGCGAUGCGGAACAGCCUCGGCGAAGGUGGUGCUGCGGGUCCAACUUUGGAGGACCCGGAUGACCUGACCCGGAGCACGGAGGAUGUCAAGGGCAAGGGCCGGGCUACUGAAGAGGACGUGGACAUGGCCGGGACAGAGCUAGUCGCGGAAGAAGAAGAAGCCUCUCCAUUUGGCUCAAUUCCAAGCGAUCGUCCGCACACCGAACCCGAUGCUGACCCGGCCACAACUACGCGCAUUCAGUUCCGCCAUCCGUCCGGCAGGGUCAUUCGACGCUUUGCACUUUCGGACCCAGUCCAGCGAAUCUACGAAUGGCUUAAAUCCAGCCCUCCACUAGAAGAUAAAGCUGGUGUGGAAUUUGAGCUAAAUGCCAUGGGCCGCAAUCUCAUUGACCAGCUGAGCACCAGCAUUGCAGACGCGGGACUGAAGAACGGAACUGUGAUGAUCGGAUAUCUGGAAGACUAA